GACGAUGGUGCAGAUCUUCCAAUCGCGCUGCGGCGCACGCGGCGGAGCCUGACGACCCAGUCCGCGAAACAAACCUCGUCAUGCGCCUCACCAGCGCGGCCCGGGCCAGAAGAAGACUUGGCGGUGCGCACGCCCAAGUCUCGAAAGCGACGCGUCAGGUUCUCGGACCCGGGCCCGGAGGCUGCCCACACGCCAGACGGAGCCUCAGGGACUGGCCUGACGCCUAUGGUUCGCCGCGCUCGUCUUUCCAGCGGCAGCGGCCGGAAAUCGCGGCGUCAUUCCACCCCGGCCCAGUUUCUGCAGCAUUCAAGCGGCAGCGGAAUUCCGGACCUGGACGCGGACGGCUCUCCCUUUAGCGGCGAAGUCCGGUUCCUCCCUCUUCGCCAGGUCCUGGACGGCCGGGUCAAGCGCCGCAUCCGGCGCAACGGUCUCAGCGAAGAGAUGAACAACAUCUCGGCCGAGAGGAGGCGGCAGGCGCGGGAAGCCCGGGCUGAGAUCGAGCGUCUAAAAGCAGAACUAGCGGAGAAGGACGACGAGAUCGCGAGGCUGCACGACGAGACGGUGGUGCUGGACACGGACCGUGUCUGGGACUUGGAGCAACAGGUUGCCGCGCUCAAGCGGGAGCUGGCCAGUCGCUCAAGUGCGCAGCAAAUCCCAAGUAGCUCAGCCCAAGAGUGGACCAGGGCAGCGCGCGAUCCAUUUGCUGACGACUUCAUGGACCUGGAUGUUGAGGACGACGCGGAAGACUUCGGCGAGGCAACAAGGGCUGAGCUCUUCUGCAGUACGCCCACGAGGAGGAUGCGUGGGUCCUUUCCGACGCCUCCAUCAACCAGCCCUCCCCCGCCAGAGCCGCAGACUCCCUGCCGGCGCUCUGCCGCGUCCCGCCCAGAUGUUGGCAUCCAAGCCUCGCUUCCAGACCCCGAGAAACAGCAUCUCAUCGAGGAGCUCGAGUCACUCCAGCUCGAGAUCACCAAGCUAACAGCUUCGCUGGAGUCCUACGCGGCUCUGGCAUCUCGGCUAUCAAGCACUUUAGCUCCCUUCUCUACCAAAGAAGCACCCCAGGAAGAGCCGUCACCGCCGCACUCGGAUAUUGAAACACGCCUUACUGGCGUGUUGCAGACCCUCUCCGACCGUACCGCGGCGCUUGCGGAGCUCGACUCAUCUCUCAAAACCCUCGGCUUCAAAGGAUCGGACGCCUUCGAGGUGAUCGAGUCGCUCCGCGCCAGUUUCCGCGCCGCGCGGCUCGAGCUCGAGUACCUCACUCCCGGCGAGCUAACCCUCCCCUUAACCGGCGCCGGCGCCGAGGUGCUCGACCUGGUUCUCGCGCGCCUGCGCGACCUCGCCCGGAAGAACCGCGAAGCAGACGACUGCAUCGACGAGUACCACGCGAUCGAGCAGUCGCUGCGGCAGCAGCUCGGCGCGCGCGUGGACGCGAUGGACAAGCUAGGCGAGCAGCUCGCGGCCGCCGAGCGCGAGGGCCGGGACAAGGACGCGCGCAUCGCCGAGCUCGAGCUCGGGCUCGACCGGCUCAAGGGCGCCGUGCGCACCUACACGCGCGACAUCGCGGAGCUGGAGUCGCUCGUUGAGCGCAUGGACGCCGAGCGCGGCGAGGCGCAGGCCGAGCACCGGCGCGCGACCGCCGACCUCGAGGCGAGGCUUGCCGCCGCGCUGGAGCAGAUCGCGGCGCUGCAGUCGCAGCUGGCCGCCCUCGCAGCAAGCCACGCGUCGGCCGUCGCCGCGCACAAGGCGGAGCUGGCGGCGCUGUCGCGGGCGCAGGGCGCCGCGCUCGCGCAGCGCGACGCGCGCGUGGCGCAGCUGCGCGCCGAGGUCGACCGCCUCGGUGCCUCGCUGCGCGCGGCGCACGAGGCGGUGCACAAGCUGCGGGUGGAGAACGCGCGGCUGGUCAAGGAGAAGACCGAGGCCGGGCGGCUGGCGGAUGAGGAGCGGCGGAGGGCGAAGGAACUGGUGGACGGGAUGAGGGCCGAGCUGGAACGGGUGGCGCGUAUGAGCGAGGGGUUCUUCUUGGAGGGUGCGGGUCCGGGAGAAGGGGGCGGUUCUGCGGUGGCGCCGCAGAAGAGGAGGAGGUAUGACAGCGGCUUGGGGCUCUUGGAUGAGGAAGAGGUUGAA